UGAGCACUCGCAAAUCGCAAUAAGAAUAUUAAGGAUGCAGGUGUCAUCAUUCUCCAUAGCGCAGGUUCCAGUAGGCGUGAAGGCGCAGUACCCCACCGUGAAGAAGAAGGAGUCCAUGGCGGAUUCCACCGUCCCCAAGUGGGCCCAGAAGACCGUCACUCUACCUCCUCUCCGCCGUGGCUGCCACCUCGUUACUUCCAAGAUAGCGAAGGAAAUCGAGCAAGACCUUUCUGGAUUCAAAUGUGGCCUUGCUCAUCUCUUCUUGCAGCACACGAGUGCUUCUCUUACCAUCAAUGAGAAUUACGACUCCGAUGUUCGCCAUGACACUGAAACCUUCCUCAAUCGAAUAGUUCCCGAGGGUCCAUCUGCGCCUUGGAAGCAUACUAUAGAGGGCCCAGAUGACAUGCCAGCUCAUAUUAAAUCAUCCAUGUUUGGUUGCACACUCACGAUACCAAUUACAAAUGGAAAGCUUAACAUGGGCACAUGGCAGGGUAUAUGGCUUUGUGAGCACCGUGAUGAUCCUACCUCAAGAAGAGUUGUUAUCACUCUUAAUGGAAUAUGAGGUGCUAUAAUCUAUUUACUUUAUCUCACCUCUGUGACUGAUUCAAGACAAACUGGAAUUUAGCAGGAUGUGUGCUAUGUAUUGACAGUUCUUCCGGUGUAAUUUGAGUAUUUUGCUAUGGACGCAGCUGUGUAAAGUAUGUGACCCUCUAAUGCAUAUAAAAGUUCUGAAUAAUUGUUUA